GAGAGGCUCGGAAGACGAGCGAGCCUGCGAGCGCCAGGGAAGUGGGGCGAUCCCCAACUUGGGCCGGUUCCUUGUCUCUCGGUGUGCGUGGCAGCUUUUCUCCCCACCCCACCCCCGUGCCGAGGACCUCGGGAGGCGGUUCUGAGCCAAAGGGGCCGGGCAGGAAUGAAGGAGCCCGCCUGAGUCCUCCCCGCCGCUCCCCUCUCCUGCCUGCCUGCCAUUGAAUGGAGAAGCGGAGGCUGUCCCGCCAGCUCGGGUUGCCUUUGCCGUCGCCCGUCGCCCCUUGCCGCCUCAGGCGCUAGCUGGCCGUGGGCGGCCCGGACCCACCUCCCCCACAGAGGAGCAAAGCGCGCGAAGAAAACAAGAGAGAGAGACAGACAGACAACCCCCCCCGCGCGCGCGCACCACCAUGUCUUCAGCCAAACAAAGGGGCAACAAGGGGAGCAACAGCGGCAGCCCCGGCGCGUCCUCGGAAAAGGGAGGCCAUGCGAGCCACCCCGAUGACGUGGCGAAGAAGCAGCAGCAGCAGCAAAAUCCGCCUCAUCCCAAGGGCAGCAAAGGGGGCUCGGCGGCUGGCAGCAGCAGCAGAUCGCCCUCCUUCUGCAGCCUAGGCACGGCCUUCAGCUUCCUCUUCUCCCUCGCUUUCUUGGCGGCGGCCGCCCUCUCGGGCUACUAUCUCCAUCACCUCUUGGGAGAAGUGAACCAGAUCGGCCUCCGGCAAGAAGCCUUCGCCGGCCAGCGAGACGAGCUGGCUCGCACCUUGGAAGGGGCCGUCCAGAAGGUGCAGUCUCUCCAGUCUGCCUUUGGAGGUUUUGAAUUGACACUGAAAAAUGCCCAGCAAAAGCAAGAAGUCACUGAAAAAGCUGUUAAGCAAGGGGAGAAUGAGAUCAAUCGCAUUAGUGAGGUUCUUCAGAAACUACAAAAUGAAAUUCUAAAAGACUUAUCUGAUGGUAUCCAUGUUGUAAAAGAUGCAAGGGAUCGAGAUUUCACAUCUCUGGAAAACACAGUGGAAGAAAGGCUUACAGAGUUAACCAGGUCUAUAAAUGACAAUAUUGCUGAAUUUACAGAUGUCCAAAAGCGGAGUCAAGAUGAAAUCAAUGAAGUAAAAACAAAGGUGGCUUCACUGAGUGAAAUGGAAAACUACAGACAGGAACUCCAGAUUUUGAAAAGUGCUGUUGAUGACAUGCAAGCUUCCAUGAAGGCUAAAGAGAAAACAAUUGAAUCACUGCGAAAUACCAUAGAUUCGAUGGAGUCUGAUGUGUUGUCUGAAGUCAAAGAACUUGUCAACCUCAAGCAGGAGCAUGAGAAGUUCAAGGAAGCUGCUGACACAGAGCAUCUUUCACUGCAAGCUUUACAAGAGAAGGUUCUUAAAGCAGAAGAGUCCAUUGCUCAUAUUCCUGAUGAGCUUAAAGGACUCAGUAAAGACUUGCAACACAUCAAAGAGUCUGCUAAAUUAGAAAGCUAUGCAUUCACCAAGGAAGAUAUUGAAAAUCUUCAAAAGAGUAAUGAAGAAUUUGAAUCGAGGUUCAGGUCCAUAGAAGAGAACAUUCACACUCUGAAAUUGCCAUCUAGUCAAGACAGGGAAGAUACACAAUCUGUUCUCUACAAGUAUAACAGCAAGAUAGAUGAGCUGGAGGAAAGUCUUGGCUUUCUCCGUGGGACUUUAGAUAAUGAAGUGCGUUUUCUUGAGGAUACAGUAAGGAGUCUUAGUGAAGCCAAGCUGUCUAUGUAUAGUGACAUUGAUGAACUAAAGAAACGUGUAAGCGAUUUAUCUAGCAACACUGAUGUACUUGAUAAUAUUCAGAAACAAGUUCAUGCUUUACUGAGUCAAGAAAAACCUCCAGUGGAAAUGGGACAGAGUCAAGACCACCUAGGGGAACUCUCCUCUGUAAAGGGUUCUGUUGAUGAAUUGCGAUCAUCUCUUGGCCAGGUUGAAUCUGACUUAAAAAUGCUCAGGACCGCCGUUGACAGUUUAGUUGCGUACUCUGUGAAAAUAGAGACUAAUGAGAACGAUGUGCAAUCAGUAAAGACCUCAUUAGAUGAUAUCAGGAAUGACCUAGACAGGUUGUUUGUGAAAGUGGAAAAAAUACAUGAGAAGGUUUAAGCAUCGUAUACAAAACACAUUGUAACUUUUGAGUUACAAAAGCAACACACACACACUCACACAGCCCCACACAGCUGUUGUAGGCCAAAGAGCUUGUGAUGUUGCUGAGGAGAGUAGAAUAUUGGUGGGUUAGAAACCACAGUCUUUGAGGCCUCUAGAAAAAUGCAUUCCAAUUAGGAUGCUAUUUUUAUUUUUAUUUUGUCAAUUCCUAGCACAAAUAAAUGUUUUUCUGCUGCUUGGUGCACACAAGGGGUGGGGUGGGGGAGAAAAAGGCAAAUCAUGGUAAGCAUUGCCUUGGUCUUUUUGAUGGAUAAAGGUCACUAUGCACAAUGCUGCCUCAUACAUCUGAACACAGGAAGCACACUAACUGUCCAGGUGCAGAUAGUCAGCGCUUGGAAACAUUACUUUUUUGGACUACAGCUACCCAAAAUCCUCCAGCCAGCUUUACUGCCUAUGCCAAUUGGAGGAUUUUGGGAAUUAAAAGUCCAAAAGUAACUUUUCAAAGCUCUGUGCUCUCUCCAUCAAAAUGAAGCAACAACUACUGCAUGCAAGAACUUUGUGUAUAUAUUAAAGCAUCCAUAGGGGUCUGCAUAGGCAUGUAGGCUAUAUAGUCAGUGCAAGAAAGGUGUGGAGAAGUAGGUUGAAAUCAAACACCAAAUUAACUUCUUCCAAAAUGUAUAAUGAGGCUUGCUUUUUGCAAGCUUGAUAAUCAAUAGUACUACUUCAUAGCAAAACCAAAGAAUUAUUUUCUUAUGCUGGUGCUUUUGAACUGUCUGUGCCAUAUAAAAGUUGGCAACAAUGGAUAGAAUUAUUCCAUAAUCUCAUUUUUCCCUUGGAACCAUGUACCAUUUUGUAGGAUAACAUUUUCACCUGCAACAUUCCCAUUUGUUGCUUCAGAGAUUUGUAGAAACUAGGAUCAGAUGAAAUGUGUGAAGGAAAAAUACACCAUGUUGAUAAUGUGCCAAAAGAAGAGUGUGAUGCUAAACAGUAGUGCAGAGUUAUUUACCACGGCCAUUCUCUUAACAUCUGCCUUGUGUGUUGGUAAAGUCGAGUAAACUUUACUCUGAGAUCCAUACCAAGUGCCUGAUUAACUUCGACAAAACAGAACCACACAUCGGACUAAUUAAAACAAAAAACUUUGAAUGUGGGAGGUUUGUGUUGCCAGAAUCAAAAGUGUUAGUAAUAUUGUUCAUGUUUAAGAACCACUGAAUUAUACAAUUGCUUAGAUUCUUGUGUAUGUCCCUUAGAAACUACAGUAUCUGCAUUUUGGUCUUUCACUUGAAAAAGGCUUAUAUUUUUAGAAAGGUGCUGAAUCAGAGAAGACAAGCUUUAGAAGAAUGUUUGUGACAUACAGACUUCCUUUAGCUGUUGAACUUUGGAAACACUGCAGCAACACGGGUAACAAGAAACAGUCCUGAUGUAGGAUGCAAAAAAAGAUGUUCUCAGCAAUAUCUAUCAGGAGACCUGAUGCCUUAGACGCCUGGAAGGAUGUGCUAUGCUCAGAUUAGCUGAUACUUUUCUAAACAUUUCUUCACUGUCUUUGUCUUGAAUGACUAUAUAGUUGACUGUGAAAUAAACUUUUUCCCAGUAUCUGUAAUACUUAAUAAAUGAAAGAUGGAAAUGA